CUUAGUUUUUUUUACUAACAGUGACAAUUGCACACAGAUCCAGUGUUCAAGAAGUUUUACCUAUUUUUUGGGGGCGAAAUAUUUAAAACAAAGCGAAAGAAGUGGAAAUUCACCUAGUUUCCGUACCGUGGCGAGUCAAUACCAUUCCUGAAGAUAAAAGUGUGUUAAAACAUUCAGUACGAUUGACCUUGUAGCAAAGACAACCAGCUACUGUUUUCGAGCCUGAAAGAAUGUUCCACCAGACCUCAAGCGCAUAUAUGAACGGAACAUGAUCCUUAACAAGAUAAAAGUGCAAAACCAUACAUAAUUACAUGUGAAAUGACUAUUCAUCAAAUAGCAGUGCCGGGGGUAUCAGGCAAUUAAACGAAACUAUUGCGUUAAAAUAAAUGGUUUUUUGCGAGUAAAUGUGUUGCAGUUAAUGAGGAAGGUGUCAUUGGUUCAGUGAGUUCAGCAGGAAUUUUUAAUGUGCUUUGGAGGCCAAAUUGUUGGAAGCCGAUACAAAGCUUCCGCAAAUUGAAACAAAGAGAGGUACCCACAAGGAGAACCAGUUCCUCGGUCAUAUGGAAGAAAAGGUACGCGAUUCAGUCAUGGAACGUGUCGGUUUCUUCGCACUGGUCGGUCUAGCGAUCGUAGGCUGCUGUACCACAAUGGUUCUGGCCGAAAGAAGACAAGAAUUGAAUGGAGACUGUUUUCACGUGAAACAAUGCUAUCAGAUCGGCUAUUUAUGUGCCAGGAACAGAACGUGCCAAUGUGGUUUUGGCUACGUGGUCAAUGAGAAAAGAACCAAAUGCAUUGGAGUUGUAGGAUCGAGAUGCAUUUAUGACAGCCAUUGCAUAGAAGGCGCAUACUGUACAGGAAGAGAGGGUUGGGAGGUUUGCAAAUGCAGGGAAGAGGACAAUUUCAUUCCCAGCGAGGAUUUGAUGUCUUGCGUAGAUGCUUCGUCAAAUGUGCCCCAUUUGCCGACUAUUUUCCUUCUGCUUUUGCCCUCACUUUUGACACUUUCCUACUUAAACACUUAAGUCAUGCUCACUUUUCGUAAUGUUGUUGAUUUUGUAUAUAGAAUUCGUUCAGUUUGAUGUAACAUACAUUUGUAAGUGUUAAAUAGUUUCAGGCGUUUACACUUCCAAGUGCCAUUUUAUGGUUACACAGUGUUUGUUCGUAUGUAAAAACUGUAUAUGUGUUUUAGUAUUAUCGAGCCAUAUUUUCUAGUGUCAUGAAGACUUUCAGUAUUAGAAUUACUGAUAUUUGCUGUAUUGAGGGUAGCUGUUGGCAAUGUGAUAGCGAAUUAAUGUUGAUUUUUGAAUACCAAAGUUGUGAAACGUGUACUUACAAGCAAUGAUUGUUGUUGCGAUUAAAUAAUCAUAUUUAGUUUUUUAUAUAAACGUUUGCCAUUGA